AUGGAUCGUUCUCUGGACAUGGCAGCAAGAGAAGGAAACCUGGAUUUGCGGAAACGGUUCAACCAGGGCAAAAAUCACAGCAAUCUCCAGGAUUUGCAUACAAUUCAGGGGAACAACAUAAUUCAUAUAGCUGCAAAAUUGGGCAAAGAAUUGUUCAUUCAUGAGGCUCUUCAAGCAUGGCCCCGUCUUGCAAGCCAAGAGAACUCAAAGGGUGACACUCCAUUACAUGUUGCAGCAAGAGCUGGGCAAGUUGCUGUGGUGAAGCGUCUCAUUGGUGACAGCACAAGUAGAAGUAUGUUUCAAGUUGAUUCGAUUGAAACUUCAUGUUUGAGAGAAAUGGAAGAAGGGGCGAGCGGCGUUUCGGGGCUGUGGGGGAUGAGGAAUAAGGCUCAGAGCUUGGCUUUGCAUGAGGCUUUGAGGAAUGGACAUGAGAAAGCUGCACUGUGCCUGUGGGAACUGGACAAUGAAAUGGCUGGAGUUGUAACUAGCGCAGGUGAGAGCCCUUUAUAUUUAGCUGCUGAAUCGAGGUGCGAGUUGAUGCUGCUGAGGAUUUUAACGUUCCUGAAGCAGAAUUCAGAGAGAGUUGAGCUAUUGCGGAAUGCUGUCCAAGGCCCGGAUGGGCAGAAUCCCCUGCAUGCCGCUGUCCUUGCAGGAAGCACUGAUUGCAUUGGCUAUCUGCUAGAAGAAGAAGACGUUUUGAAACUCAUUAACCAACCCGACACUAAUGGAAAGACUGCCCUUCACUUUGCAACAGCUGUCAGGGAGAAAAAAAUUAUGCAUGAGUUGCUUACCAAGAGUACCUCAUCUGCAUAUCAGCGAGACAGCAAUGGCCGGACGCCAUUACUGGAAGCUGCCUGCUCAGGAAACUUUGAUGUCUUUCAAGAGAUCCUCCUUUAUUGCCCAGACACCAUCGAACUGGCUGACCCGACCGGUAAAAACGCCCUUCAUCUUGCUGUAUUAAAUAACACUACGCGCAAUGUCAGGGAAUUCUUGCGGCUGCCGGAGAUGAAGGAGCUUGUGAAUGAACCAGACGUGGAGGGAGACACGCCGCUGCAUUUAGCCAUCAAGCAUGAGAACUACAAGAUGGUGAAACAGUUGAUUGCAACUGGAUGUGUGGACUUAAGAACCAAGAACAAUAACGGCCUCACAGCUCUAGACAUCUGCGAGUCCGACUGGAAUUUUUCUUACAGACAGAAUUCUCUCCAUACAUACCUGAAAGGGCAAAAUGCGCCGCGAGGAAGACAGCCAUAUAACUAUUGGAAGCGAGAUCAAAAAUCAAAGACUGCAUUGAACCACCCGAACGCAGACUUGAAAAAUUUAGCCAACAUAAUGUCAGUGGUUGCUGCACUUCUGGUUACUGUAACUUUCGCUGCAGCUUUCACAUUACCAGGAGGCUACCAUGGCGAUGAUGAUGACAGACCUCCUGAAAUAAACCACUCAAGCAAAAAAGAUAAAAUCCCUUCAGGUACCUCAAUCCUCAUCACAAACCCGUCACUGAAGGUCUUUGUGUUUGCAGAUUCGCUUGCAAUGUGCAGCUCCAUGACAGUGGUGUUUCUGCUGAUCCUGGCAAUGGCUGGUGACCCUGCCUUUCUGCGGUCAGCGAUCAUUUACAGCAAGAAAUUGCUGUAUAUCGCCCUUUACGGAGCGUUGGUAGCCUUUGUAACUGGAUUGUAUGCUGUUAUAUCACCAGAGAGUGCAUGGCUAGCCAUCAGUAUCAUCAUCAUGGGCUCCAGUGUUCCCUUUCUCAUCAAAUUACUGCGGCGGAAGUCUUCCACUUCAACCCCUCUUGUGAUAUAACAUUCCAGGGAAACAAUGAAGAAACCAAUUUUCUCAUACAGAACUGGAAAAAGGCGUCCAAAUCUUAGUACCGGCAACAAUCAAGCCAGAUCGCCCCACUGGUAUUAAUUAAUCUAU